ACACUAUUCUCUUCUCACAAGCAACACAGCCGAUAUUUUUUCUGGCAGAAUUCACUGAGGGGAGAUGUGUCUUUUGUGAUUUUAUGCAUCAGAAGUAUUAAGUACCAGCUGACCCGGUUGGGUCACAAAAUCUGAACCAAAUCUCUCUGUGGUCAGCUCCCCAUCCCUUGCAUCAAACCAAAUGUAUCUUAAUGGGUUCUUCUUGUCGUCUGUCUCUUUCCUGUCUGCAAUUAUAUGUCUUCUUCCUUCUUUUUCUUAAACUCUUCCGACACUCUUUCAGCAUCUGCUUCAUGCUAUAAAUUUGUAUCAGUGAGCUCUUUUUUCUCAUCCCACUUUCCCUUCUCUUCACCUGUAGUCUGUAGACAUAACCAAGCAUCAAUGGAUCCAAACACAUCUGCAGACUUUUUCCAAGAAUCUUCCAAGUUACAUACAUUUUACCCGAAGACCAAGGGUGUUGUAGCAAUCGAUCUAGGCCUCAGCCUUAAGACAAUACAACAUGAAACUUACCUCCCAUCGGGGCAGAUGAUAGGUCUCGACGGGUAUGCAAAGCUCAUAGACUGGUCGCAACCUGGAUAUAACAGCAAUACACUGCUGAAGAGUGAUGAAAUUGGAAACCAACGACGUGGUCAAGGAUAUUACAAUAAUGAAGAAGAGAGCAGAGGCAAAUUGGCUUAUGUAAAGGUAAAUCUGGAUGGCCUAGUGGUGGGCCGCAAGGUUUGCCUUCUUAGUCAAGGAUCUUACUCAAGCCUUGCUCUUCAGCUGGACGAUAUGUUUGGGAUGCAGACUGUGUCAGGACUGAGGCUAUUCCAGAAUGAGUCUGAGUUCUCUUUGGUUUACAGAGACAAUGAAGGUAUCUGGCGGAAUGUUGGGGACGUUCCAUGGAAGGAGUUUGUCGAAAGUGUGGAUCGGAUGAGGAUCGCAAGAAGAGACACUGCUUAUCUUCCCUUUUAAGCUUUAAGUGGAAGCU